AUGGCUUGGAUAUCAUUCCCCAACCUGUUGCCUACUUAUUUUGUCAAAGAAUGUCUUUUUUCUUUACCUUCUACAGUAGGUAUCCCACAAUAUCUAGAUUUGGCUACUGUGAAUAAAACAAGGCCUAGCUGUGCUCGUGUGAAGGUGUUGGUGGAUCUGCUAGAUGAACUUCCAAAGAAGGUGAGAAUGGACAUUGUGGAUGAGGCAACUGGCGAUGUGAGAACUGAAUGGGUGAUCAUUAAAUAUGAUUACAUUCCUAAAUAUUGCAAGGAAUGCAAAUUGCAAGGCCAUGAUAUGAUAGAAUGCUGGAGGAUUCAUCCAGAACUAAUGUCCAAUGAUCAGCACAAAAAAUCAGCAGAGGUGAAUGGGAACAACAAGGAGCAGCCUAAUCAGCCUUUAAUGAUCCUUUCAAGUGAGAAAGUUUUUGGGAAUACUAAACUAACAGGUGAGCAGUGGAAGGAGGUUAGAGAUAAUCGUGUGAAAAAUGGGGCUUAA